CGGCGGAAAAGUUGCCGGGCGGAGAGCAGCGGCCCCGGGACGGGCAGAGACGACCACGCCGAGCCGGAUCCCGGCACCCGCGGCCCCGUCAUGGACGACCUGGACGCCUUGCUGGCAGACUUGGAGUCCACUACCUCCCACAUCUCCAAACGGCCUGUGUUCUUGUCCGAGGAGGCCCCCUAUUCCUACCCAACUGGAAACCACACCUAUCAGGAGAUCGCGGUGCCACCCCCGGUCCCUCCACCCCCGUCCAGUGAGGCCCUCAAUGGCACGAUCCUUGAUCCCUUAGACCAGUGGCAGCCUAGCAGCUCCCGAUUCACCCACCAGCAGCCUCCAUCCCCGUCACCUGUGUACGGCUCCAGUGCCAAAGCUUCCAGUGCCUCCAACCCCCAGGACAGCAUCAGCUCUUCGUGCUCCCGAGCGGGUGAGGAGGAGCACGUCUACAGCUUCCCCAACAAGCAGAAGUCAGCGGAGCCUUCACCUACUAUAAUGAGCUCCUCCCUGGGCAGCAACCUUUCUGAACUUGAUCGUCUGCUGCUGGAACUGAAUGCUGUGCAGCAUAAUUCUCCAGGGUUCCCUGCAGAUGAGGCCAAUGCAAGCCCCCCACCGCCUGGGGCCCUGAGCCCUCACUAUGGCGUUCCGGAGAAUAACAGUCCUCUGGGAGGCAAAGCUGGGUCCCUGACAAAAGAGAAACCCAAGCGGAAUGGGGCCCGGGGCGUGGAGGACGUGCGGCCCAGUGUGGAGAGUCUCCUGGAUGAGCUGGAGAGCUCUGUGCCCAGCCCUGUCCCCGCCAUCACUGUGAACCAGGGUGAGAUGAGCAGCCCGCAGCGCGUCACCUCCAGCCAGCAGCAGACGCGUAUCUCGGCCUCUUCUGCCACCAGGGAACUGGACGAGCUGAUGGCCUCGCUGUCAGAUUUUAAGACCAGCUCCUGUGCUGUGACCUUGAGCUCCCCCAAGUUGCUGCCCAGCUCAGCUUCAUCUCCAGUCCAUACCCUUUCUGCUCCUUCUCCAUCAACUCUCAUGCCUCUUGUAUUCCUGCCUUCUACCUCUAAACCCUCCCCUCAAGGCCAAGGCCACAGCCCAGAGGUCCUCUGUACUGAGGAAAAUAGACAGAGCCUCUUACUUCCUGUGGCCCCCAGCUGGCUUGACUUGGCUGGCCUUGGAGUAGGGUCUGGCACCUACAAUUCAAGGUCUUCCUCUAUAGAAGGUUCUCCAGGGUCAUUCGGUACAGAGAGUCAGGCUCCAGUUAGGAAGGACCUUCUGAGUCCUCUGAGUGAGCCCACUACAGCUUUCCUUUGCCACGCUUUACCUCCUGUUGGGAGCGCAGUCUCCCAGGAGCCUGGAGACCCUGAAGGGCCACAGGGUGACCCUUCGUGUCCAGAGGAGGCUGCGGUUGCCACUUGGAAAUGGCCUUGGGCUUUGGAGACAUCCAAGCCUGAGGCUCCCUAUGGAGCUGCUUGCAGCUUUCAGGAAAUGACGGAGCCAGCUGCUGUGGCUGUGGACCGGCAGGCUGUCUUCCCAGAUACCUGGAGUCUUGCAAAGGAAUAUAGCCAGCAGGAGAGGGCAAGGCCAGAGCCAGGAGGGCUGGAAAGCACCUGUGCUGCUCCAGCUAAUGAGCAGUUGGGUGGAGAAAGGCCCAGGAGGGGAAGCCUGGUGGUACCAGUCCAGGGACCUGAGACCCCAAGGAGCCCAGAGGGCACCGCUGAAACUGCUGCUGAGGCCAGGAAGGAACAGCCGGAGUUUCUACAUGCCAUGGCCAUGGGCACACCCAGCACUGCGGAGAGGAUUUCCACCUCUGGCCAGAUCCGCUCCGUGAUCAGGAGGAGCCGGGAGACGGGCCACGCACACCCCAUGUCCCGGGAGCCCUCCCCUCGCCGCCGGCUGGACCCUGCCACCCUGAGCAGGACCCCAUCCCAGGAACAGCUCAUCGCAGAGCUGCAGGGCCGGCUGGGCAUCCAGCCGGAGGCGGAGGAGGCCGCAGGGCCAGCCGGGGCCUCUGCACAGGACUGGCUGACCGAGGGCAUCGUCAUCACUGUGCAGCCACGUGGGCGGAGGGCUGGGGGGCAGCUGGUAGAGAAGGUUGUCUUCCCUCCUGACUCUCCCAUUCCCCUGAGAAGAACCAUCUCUGUUCUGGCUUCUCCUCCUGUCCCUUCUCUCCAGCAUCACCAAGACGCCUCAGCCAGCAGCUCUUCUCCCCUGGCCAGCCUGCCUACCCCCUCCUGCCGGGGACUCUCAGUCUCCACCCAUGGUUGCCCAGGGGACCAGAGUGCAGGAGAAGAGCUCCAUGAUGAGAAUGGGCAGGGCCACACCCUGCCCACUCCUGCACCCCACAUUGUGAAAUCUGUGGGCUGCCAGACCGAUGAGGACCCACUCUUCCCCUCGAUGCAGAUGCACGGCCUGGAACAGAGAACGGAUGGAGAGUGGCAUUGGGCAGCUGGCUGGCCUCCAAGCAGCAGGCAGAGCAGCCCUGAAGGGCAGGACGAGGGAGGGUUCAUGGCCCAGGGGAAGGCCAGAAGCAGCUCACCCCCCGAGGGACCCCCAAAGCCGGGAAGCCAGCUGGACAGCAUGCUGGGGAGCCUGCAAUCUGACCUGAACAAGCUGGGGGUGGCCACGGUGGCCAAAGGUGUCUGUGGGGCCUGCAAGAAACCCAUUGCUGGGCAGGUUGUGACUGCCAUGGGGAAGACAUGGCACCCCGAGCACUUUGUCUGCACCCACUGCCAGGAGGAGAUUGGAUCCCGGAAUUUCUUUGAGCGUGACGGGCAACCCUACUGUGAAAAGGACUAUCACAACCUCUUUUCCCCACGCUGCUACUACUGCAAUGGUCCCAUCCUGGAUAAAGUGGUGACAGCCCUUGACCGGACAUGGCACCCUGAGCACUUCUUCUGUGCUCAGUGUGGUGCCUUCUUUGGCCCAGAAGGGUUUCAUGAGAAAGAUGGCAAGGCCUACUGCCGGAAGGAUUAUUUUGACAUGUUUGCGCCCAAGUGUGGUGGCUGUGCCCGGGCCAUCCUGGAGAACUACAUCUCGGCUCUCAACACCCUCUGGCAUCCUGAGUGCUUUGUGUGCCGGGAGUGCUUCACACCUUUCAUCAAUGGCAGCUUCUUCGAGCAUGAUGGGCAGCCAUACUGUGAGGUGCACUACCAUGAGCGCCGCGGCUCGCUGUGCUCCGGCUGCCAGAAGCCCAUCACAGGCCGCUGCAUCACCGCCAUGGCCAAGAAGUUCCACCCUGAGCACUUCGUCUGUGCCUUCUGCCUCAAGCAGCUCAACAAGGGCACCUUCAAGGAGCAGAAUGACAAGCCUUACUGCCAGAACUGCUUCCUUAAGCUCUUUUGCUAAGCACUCGUGCCGUCCGGCCUUUCUCCCCACCAUCCUCACCUGCUACUGUGACCCAGAGGCCUCGCCCGGGGUUGAGGGGCAAACCUGACAGAAACUGGAAGCCUCGUCCACAGCUGGAGCAGGGGGGGCAAGUGGGCCGUGGGCCCUGCCUGCUGCUCUGCGCAUUCUCCCAGCCUCUGGGCAUCUCCCUCCCUCUGUGGCUCUCCCCAGGCCCCCAUUUUUGUUCACUCAGACAUGGAGCCUGGAGGUCCCCCACACACAACCCUGUGUGUCCCCAGGGUGAGAGCUGGCCAGGCCAGCACCUCACCCUGGAGCCGUGUAUACUCCAUAUUUCAGCAGUAGAGCAGGGCAGAGAGGGCAGGCAAAUCAGCUGGUGUCCUUUUUUAAUCUUUACUCCCCCAACCUAGGAGUCCCUAGAGUGUUGGGACACAGCCUCCUGCCUCCACACAAUGCCAGCAUAAGCCCACUCAUCCCAGGCGGAAGUCCCAAGGGCCUGUGGGACUUGUGUACAUGAGUUCCCCUCUCAGUCUUUCCAGACCUUGGGCAACUGCCCCCUUUCCUAACUGCCCCUUUUAUAACUGUUUUGGUCCUACUGAGAAAGACCUCUCCAGCAAUAAUGUUUUAUAGCCACUUCUUCCAUCUCUGGGGAUGGCAUGAGGUGGGGAGUGUCACCCGUGCCUGGACACUGUACCGACUUUGAUAGAUUUCUACACUGAGGUUUGCAUUCAUAUCACCUGAAUUGCUUUUACUUCUCUGUACAAAAUGAUUUUGAAGAGAUUUUAAAGACUUUCCUUUUUUUAUAUCCCUCCUUGUCCACUGCCACUGUCCUGUUGGUGACUGGGGCUUUGGGCUGAAGUUUGCUUUGUACUGAGGGCUUGGGGUAGGGAAGCCAUUUGUAUUUUAUUUUUCUUAGCACAAGCAGGUGAACUGGGAGCAGCUCUGUGACUCCCUUCUGUACCUUCACAGCGCACCAGGACUGUUUUAUAAACUGCUGUAUUUUGAAAUUCCUUCCUUACUGCCUGGGUCAGUGAGCUCUUAUUUAAAACUGGCCAAAGGGUGCCUGGCCCUUUGGACCUGGAAUUCUGAAUCUCAUCUGCCCUGUUCCUGAGGGAGGAGAAGGGGAAAGUAUGCUUUAGGGGGCUGCUUCCUGUCUGAGAAAGCCAUUAGGAGCCUCUGCUCCUCAUUGAACUUUUUGGCAACAAAGAGAACCCACUGGACACUCUCAGCCUCCUCACUGCUUCUCUGGGGCUCUUCUGCCUUCUCAGGAAAGCUGAGAUCCAAGCUGGGAUCCGACUUUGGCCAUGAAGACCAUAUGGGUCACUUUAGUCUUGAUUCCACUGACAUAUUACUUCCUCAGAUUUCUCAGUACCCCGCUGGAGAGUAUGAGCUCAGGUUCCUGCCCUUUAAUAGGUGGGGUCCAUGCUCAGGAGGUCUGGGGAGAAGGCUCCAGCUUGGUGCAAGGGGCCUGGUCAGAUUCUGGACAGAGGAACAGGAUCCUGCUGGACCAGCCAGAAGCACCAGAGCUCUCUUUCUCAAGGUGAAACAGGAGCAGCAAGGCCUGGGGUUCCUGGCCAGGGGGAGUGACUCCUCCACAGAGAUGCAUCCAGACACCCCCCUGUCCCCUAGCCUCCUCCUUUGUCGCGAGGCUGGGAGUAGCCCAGGUCUGGGGAGGUUGACCUGGGCCCCCCAGAGUCCUGCCAUUUUCAAUUCUGCCCACAGGCCUUAUUGCUGUGUUUACAGUGACCCAUCCUAGGCCUCUCCCCAAGUGGCCUGGGGUUUCUGGGGUCUACUCACUGGGUUAAUGGUUAUUUGAUUUUGAUUUUUUCUCUAUAAAUUUCUAACCUGGCUUUUUCCAUUUCAAUUUCUGUGAUUUAUGCCAAUAAAGUUCACCAUUAUUUUCACCUG